AUGAAUCCCAAUUCCAUUCCCGCUUCUCUAAUCGACUACAAAGAUAUUCCCACCACAGAUGACCAGGUGCGCUUGAAGUUGCGGUCGCUUGGAGAACCGGUCACAUACUUUGGUGAACUCAAUGUCAAUAGACGCCAGCGGUUGAUCGCGCACCUCGGCGCCUCUGACGGCACAGCAGACGUUGAUAUGGAAGAGUCAGACCCCUCGGACGAAGAGGAUGGUGAAUUCUAUACGCCUGGACCUGAAGAGCUCUUAGACAUCCGCUACGACAUCUUGAAGUAUGCGUUGGUGAAGGCUAAAUCGGCGCAGGCGUUGAAGAUUCACGAACUGGGGGUCUCCGCAUUGAAACAUCUCCAAAACCGACGCCUUAUUGGCGAUAAAAUUGCAAAGUUUAUGCUUUACGGAUCUCAGACUCUCGAAAGUACUCAGCGGGCGACGUCGGUGGUGCGAUUUUCUCGCGGAAACGGUGCCAGAUACAUCGCUUCGGGGUCCUGGGACGGCAGCGUGUGCAUUGUCAAUACUGCCAACUUGGCGGUCAAAAAAUCGUUCAAAGCGCACGAGGAAAAGGUUGGUGACGUGGUGUGGCUUGGUAAUCAGUUCUUCACCUCUGGUAACGACAAUCUUGUGAAACUUUGGGCGGUCAAUACAGAUGAAACUGUCGCUACGUUGACUGGUCACACGUCCCGAGUAGUACGGAUGGAUGUUCACCCAUCGCAACGGCUUCUAGCAUCUGCUUCGCACGAUUCCACGUGGCGCUUGUGGGACAUUACGCGACAAAAAGAACUCUAUCUUCAGGAGGGUCAUACAAAAGCGCUUUCCAACGUCAAGUUCAAUGACACCGGGUCGCUUCUUGCUUCUGCUGGGCAGGAUGCCCUUCCACGCAUCUGGGAUAUGCGUUCCGGAAAGAAUAUUAUGAUCAUGUCUGGCCAUAUCAAGCCGAUUCACGGAUUGGCAUGGAGACCAUACCAGAGUCAUGAGCUUGCCACAGGCGGUGAUGAUGGGAUGAUUAAGGUGUGGGACUUGCGGUAUUUCAGGAAGGGUCGAGGGAAUGUGGUAAUGGACGGCAGCAAGCUUGCAAUUCCGGCCCACAGCAAAUUAAUCUCGGAUUUGAAGUACUUUGAGCGCGGUGACAUGUACCCUGAGCUUAAAAACCGCAUUCCUGUGGAUAAAACCUUGGAUGGGGAGAGUCAGAAGGGAGACAUAGAGUUGGAAACAUCGGGGACAUAUCUUGUGUCUUCGGGUUAUGACGGGGAUGUGAAUGUCUAUACAGCGGAUAACUACACAAAGGUCAAGACCCUCAAGGGGCAUUUGGAUAACAAGGUGAUGAGCUGCGAUGUGAGUGACAAUGGGCAGUGGAUUGUAAGCUCCGCGUGGGAUAAGUCAGUGAAGUUGUGGGGAGGCGAUAACGAAGUGUGA